CGUACACUCUGGAAAUGCCCAAAUUCCGAAUGUACCGAUAAACGUCUUCACACAUUUCACCAAAAUUACAAUUGCACCAAUAAGCCAACUGACGAUCGAAAGAAGCUGCCCAGGUUGUGGCCUGUCAAUUUCCACGAACAUUUUUCUGUCGCACAUUUCAAACCAUCCUGGCCUUAUCGACGCAAUGAACAGCACAUACGACUCACCACUUCAAACCGAUGGAUUGCAAGUUGUCCGUGAAGCCAUUGGCGCCAUGGGAUGGUCGACAGCUAAUAUUGUACGAUUCCUACACACUAAACGAUUUUGGCUAUCCUCGGAAAUCAUUGAAAAUGCCAUUCAGAGAUUGAAAACGACGCAAGAGCAAGGUGUACGUGUUCCCAUUGUUACGGCUGCACCAAAACGGCCACAGCAUUCAUGGUCCACAAGUCCGCUGGCCAAAAAUUUCACCAAGCCAAACGCUGGUCAGGACAACUUUCGUCCGCAUACACCAACAAACAGUUCACCUCCACGAAGGUCAACUUCACCUCUCACCAUCAACCUCGACUCUGAUGACUCUGACGAUGACAAUUUCCAACCAGCCAGUGCAUGCAUAAAAAGGCUACGAGACGACUGCUCACCCCUACUGUUGCCCAUUGCUAAACGCCUAUCCAAAGGUAAAGCCUGUGCAUGAAGCUGAGGCAGAUGUAAACGACAAUGAAGCAUCAACGACCUUUGACAUUUCUGGAUUUGCUCCGUUCGCCUCUCUGAACGAACCAAUGUCUUCUACAAUGGCAACACAAUAUGCCUCUUCUGAUACAAAGGAAGUCACAAGCCCAGCAAACAAUCCAAACGCAAGUCGCGGCUCAUCUCUCUUUCGACUUUUGCUGGGGAUAUUUCAAUCGAGACAAUUAUGACAGAACUUUCAAAAUAAUGCUGUGAAGCCAC